AUGGCAAGCGAAGAAGACUUGCUAAAAAUUCUGAGCAGAGUCCAAGCAUACCAUGGGCUUAUAAUUGGCGAGGAUGGUGCUCAACCUGCCCCUAAACGUGCAGUAGCAUUAAGGGGACGCGUAUCAUCAGACUUUUCGAGAAGAGAGCCUAUAGUAUACUUGAUCCAUAGCCGCAGAGCAUCAGAUACUUUCUUAUACGAAAAUCACAUCAAACCUGCUGACGAUCUUCUGUGUGAGCCUUUGGGGCUAUUCAUUAAUUCAAACAAACAAAAUCCCUAUUUUAAUCCUCGUCCUGAUAAUACCAUCAUCUUCCAAGUCUUCGCCGGGCAAUGUAUCAUGCACUUUGAAGAUUAUGAACCAACGAAAGAAUUCGUUGAAGCAAUUACUAAAGCCAUCGAUAGCGGCACUCCGUACAAAGCAUUAGACGAUGUAUUUGCUGAAUAUGGAUAUUGGUGGAAUCGCCGAAUUCGACUUGGUGGGAAGCUCCAACGAGCUACUAAAUUGACCAUGAACCCUAAUCCGGCAGCAGACAACCAAAUUAUUUCAGACUAUGAUAAUGACUACACGUUCGACAGCAUAUACCAAAAAUGGUCAGAUAUAAUACAACCAGCCAAAAGUGACCAUCUCGUCUCGGGUAAUGGUGACGUAAUAAGAAUCGAAUCAAUACCAAAUUGGCAACAACUCGUUCAGGUUGAUCAACACCAAUGGACUAUAAUUGACCGAUCAGACUUUAUUCCAACCUACGAAUUGUUAGACAACUCAUUAAGAAUGCGUCUCGCAAGCUUGUAUCCCACCAUACGGAAUUUAGUCACUGGGACAUAUGUCCCCGACAUUCGAAUUUUGCUCACUGGAAAGUCAAUAAUCGAUCCGUGGAGUAAAGACAUCUGCCGUGUUAAAUUUCCUGCGCCCUUUAAUAAUACGUCCUACCAUGUUUAUGGGGCACUUUAUGAAAAAGAAAAGAGACGAGAUGAUGUGGAAAUAAGGUUGUCCUCGGCCAAUACAUGCGAAAUAGCGUUCGAGAUUGACUGGACAGAAUACCCUGUAUCAACCAUAGACAUUCAUAUUCAGUGGAUAAUAUUUGGCAAUCCUGUUGAAGUCGGUUACUUUAGCCCGAAAAAUAGAGAUGUAAUUAUCGAACGAGGAAUGGUAAAAGAACUUGGAGUUGAGGCGAUCAAGUUAUAUCGACAGGUGUUGCAAGAACAUUCGCUCCUCUUAAUGCUAGAUACUCAAACUGCCAUCGACCGUGUCGAAACACGAGUUAAAACUAUAUUGGCACGUUAUCUUUUUGGGCAACAAGUUUGA